AUGGCCACGGCGGCGUCGAAUCCCUACAGCAUCCUCAACUCGAGCGCGCUGGUCCAUGCGGAGCCGACGGGCAUGCAGCAAGGGAGCCCCUUCAGGAACCCCCAGAAACUUCUCCAAAGUGACUACUUGCAAGGGGUGCCCAGCAACGGGCACCCGCUGGGCCACCACUGGGUGACCAGCCUGAGCGAUGCGGGGCCCUGGUCGUCCUCCAUCGCCAGCGGCGCGCUGGAGCAGCCCGACGUCAAGCCCGGGCGGGAGGACCUGCAGCUGGGCGCCCUGCUGCACCACCGCUCGCCCCACGUCGGCCAGCCCUCGCCGCACCACGCCAGCCACCCGGGCGCCUGGGGAGCCAGCCCGGCGCACGGCGCGCCGCUCCCGUCCAGCGGGCAGCCGCCGCCGCCGCCGCCGCCGCUCGGCGUCUACUCGCAGGCGGGCUUCACGGUGAGCGGCAUGCUGGAGCACGGCGGCCUGACGCCGCCGCCCGCGCCGGGCACGCCGCAGGCCCUGCACCAGGUGCUGCGCGACGCGCCCGAGCACGGCGAGCUGGGCGCGCACGCCUGCCCGGACCACUCGGACGAGGAGACGCCCACGUCGGACGAGCUGGAGCAGUUCGCCAAGCAGUUCAAGCAGCGGCGCAUCAAGCUGGGCUUCACGCAGGCCGACGUGGGGCUGGCGCUGGGCACGCUGUACGGCAACGUCUUCUCGCAGACCACCAUCUGCCGCUUCGAGGCCCUGCAGCUGAGCUUCAAGAACAUGUGCAAGCUGAAGCCGCUGCUGAACAAGUGGCUGGAGGAGGCCGACUCGUCCACGGGCAGCCCCACCAGCAUCGACAAGAUCGCGGCGCAGGGCAGGAAGCGGAAGAAGCGGACCUCCAUCGAGGUGAGUGUCAAGGGGGUGCUGGAGACGCACUUCUUGAAGUGCCCCAAGCCGGCGGCGCAGGAGAUCUCCUCUUUGGCGGACAGCCUGCAGCUGGAGAAGGAGGUCGUGCGGGUCUGGUUCUGCAACCGCCGGCAGAAGGAGAAGCGCAUGACGCCGCCGGGAGAGGCGCCGCCGCCGCCGCACGAGGUUUACGCGCACAGCGUGAAGACAGACGCCGCCUGCCACGACCUCUGA